GAAGGGAGUGGUAUAUUCACUCUCAAGCCGUGCUCUCAAGAGAGGGCGCUUGGCGCUUGUCGCAGAAAAAAGAAAAAGGAUUAAAAAGAGAGUAAAAGAAAAAAGGAUUGAGGAGCUCCAGCGUUGCUCUCUGAUCGAAAGCGUUUUAGUGUUGCGGCGCGUUUGUCAAUUGUACAAAAUCAUCGCGUAAAAGAAGAGAGUACAAUGGCACCGAGAGGUGAACCGACUGUCUACGAUCUUGCUUAUCGUGGACAAACCGCUGCUAUUGCAAUUCUCAUAAACGAGAAUGAGAAAUUGAAGACUCAAACUGAUCCUAAUGGACGUAUGCUGUCGCAUUGGGCAGCUCUCGGAGGACACGACGAUCUCAUUCGCUAUCUGCUCUCUCUUGGAGUCCCCGCUGAUCCACCAGACGAUACGAACAUGACCCCCCUCAUCUUGGCUUCAUCCGCGGGUCAUGAGAAAGUCGUGAAAUUGUUGCUGAACGAGGGCGCAAACCCGAACGAAAAAACCGACGAUGGCCACUCGGCUUUGCAAUACGCUGCGAGCAAAAAUUGGGCCACCGUCUGCGCCUAUUUGAUGGAAAAAGAUGCAGACAUCAACAUCACUGACAAGCGAGGUGCCACUCCGCUUCAUCGAGCCGCAUCCAAGGGAAACCUGACCAUCGUUAAGAUGCUACUCGAGCAUGGAAAACGACUCAACAUUGAUCAAACUGACAUGUACGGGAACUCAGCACUGCAUUUGGCCUGCGAGGAAGAUCGUUGCGAAGUGGCCAAGCUGCUGGUCUUCAAUGGUGCGAACAUCGAAAUGUUGAACAAAGAGCGUAAAUCACCAUUGGAGUUGGCGAAUCCAACAUUGGCUCGUCAAAUUUGGGAGAUCAAAGCCAAGAUGGGGUAAAACAGCGGCUGAAAAGAGAACAAAAAGAAAAAGGAGAGAGAGAGAGAAAAACGAAAAAAAAAAAACAGAACAAAUUAAUCACGUGACACUACUUAACACAACAAUUUACGAUUUCCAUUGUUUAUUGUAGUUUUUUUUCUAUAUCUAUAUACGCAAUCGAUCAAUUAUGUUCAAUCCAUAUAAAAACGUAUCAAAACCUC